CGGUGCCCGUAGUUCUCAACAACAUUCCUGACUGUCAACUUCUCCCACUACUACGCUGCACUGAUUUUCCACAUCAAAUGAACUGAUACCUGUAAUUCCACGUCUACAGUUUCACUUUGUAUUCUUUUGCAAUAGUAAAACGCGUCCCAAAUACGUCAAACAAUCCGGAACUGGUGUUCCAAGGGGGGAAAAAAACAUGGUGGGCUUGAAUUUGGAAUUGGAGUGAGCUGACAAGAUACAGCCAAAAUGCCACCGCACAAGUCUUGCACCUUGGACAUUGUAAAAUAAUGGAUAACUUUGAGGAGAGCCCUGAGGAUGAGAGGCCGCUUCCAGAGAGAGGACUGCUCCACAUAUGGCAGACAGGAAACACCAGUGAGCCACCGCAGCCAGAGAGAGUACUUUUCUCUAAGGCUGUCCUCCAGGUGGCGCUGGGAGAACGUCACGGACUCCUGUUGACUGAAGGUGGCCAGGUGUAUUCAUUCGGAGAGCUACUGUGGAGGGGUUUGAGGGUUCCCGUGACUGCACCAGUGUUGGAGGUCUCCCUUCAAGGCAGGAUGGUGGUGCGUGUGGUUUCUGGUGGUUUCCAUUGCGGCGCGCUGAGUGAGCAGGGAAACGUCUACAUGUGGGGGGAGAACACUGCUGGACAGUGUGGGCUGACUGACAGAGGCACUGCCACGAAUGUCUCAGUUGCGGAGCCCUAUCCCCUCACCGUGGUGGACGAUGAGGCAGUUCCACCGACGGUGGUUCGAGUGAUGGAUCUGGCCUGUGGUCGGGAGCACACUUUGGCUCUUUCGUGCCAGAGUGAGCUGUGGGCCUGGGGCAGCGGCUGCCAACUGGGCCUUGUUACAAACACAUUCCCUGUGUGGAGACCCCAGAAGGUGGAACAUCUAGCGGGAAAGCAUGUGACUCAGAUCGCCUGCGGUGCCUACCACAGCCUCGCUCUGGUCCGGGCUUUGCCUCAACAUAACAACAAUAAGCAGAAACCCCCCGAGAAAGAUGAGAGGGGCUGCUCACCUCGGCACUCGUUGACAGGGAAGGAGCAGCCGCCCACAACUGAGGAUACUCACUACUGCCCACUGGGGGUGGAGCUAACCGAUGGACCUUCAGCAGAGAGUUCUCCAAGAAUAAGAAGCGCUUCAAAAAGACCUCAGCAGCGAGGAAGGAGAAAUCUCAUUGUGGAUCCAGUCAUCUCUGCAGAGCGAGGCAAAACAUCCCAUCAUGUUCUGAGUUCAGGCUUACCCGAUGAGUUUGAACUUCACAGUCUUCUUCAAAAGCUGAAUGAACAUUCCAUUGAUGCCCACCACAACAGCAGUGGUCUGGGAGAUACUGACUCCCAGAGCAGUCACACUUCAGAUGGCAGCUGCGUUUCCUCUGACAUUUUAACUUCAAGCUACAAGAGUGACUCUCCAGUGAGAAAUCAAAGUUACAGUAGCAGCGUGCCUGGAUGUCUCUCCUCCUCUCCACUGUGUUUGGAUGAGGUGAAUGUUCUCGUGGAGAGGUCAGGCCUGCAGGGGAAGAAGAGCUCUAGUCUCACCGAUAUAAGCAAGAAACUGAAACUUGGAACAAGUAGCAGACGGUCCACUCCUGGGACACCAGUCCAUGGGUCACCACAUAGACGCCGCACUAGUGCGAGUGGGUCCUCAGCCUCUACUGCUCCAAAAGAUCCGGGAGAAGGCAUGCCGUUGUUGGAGACAGAGGUGUGGAGCUGGGGGAGAGGAUCAGAGGGCCAGCUUGGCCACGGAGACCAACUCGCCAGGCUCCAACCUUUGUGCAUUAAGUCUCUGACAGGCGAGGAAGUGAUCAAAGUGGCUGCUGGGUCGCAUCAUUCACUGGCCAUCACUGCCCAAUGCCAGGUGUACUCAUGGGGCAGCAACAUGUGUGGACAGCUUGGACAUAUUAACAAUCCAGUGACCGUCCCUCAAGAAACAAAGCUAUCUGAUGGUCUCCGGGUGUGGGACGUAGCAGCUGGUCAGAGCCACUCCCUCCUUCUGGCCGAUGGGGACUGUGUUCAGCCUGUCAUGUUGUACUGCGGCCAGCAGCAAGAGAGCCGAUCAGUACAGGACGAAAGGUCGCGGAGGAGGUCCCCAAACAGAGCUGAGAAAUAUUCCACCAGGCCGACACUUCUCCCUUUCUGCAUAGAGAUGAUCUACAUCAGCAGUGUAUCCAGUGGUGGACAGAGUUGCGCACUGCUAGCAGACCGCAACAUCAUGGGCUACAUCUCUGCCCUCCAUGAUUUGGCCUCCAGAGAGAGACACUUCUACUGCUGGCUGAGUAACAUCAGGAAGAAGCUCCUCACUCCUCUUUCGAGCAAAGAGAGCGGGUGCCCCUCAUUCGGCGAGUCUUGCUCUCAUCUCUUCUUGUCUCUCUGUGAGAGUUUUGUUCGUUUAAGCCUCCUGGUUGGUCGGCACUCUGUGUCACUCACCUAUUUCCUGCAUAAGGUGCAGACUCAGGAAGUCACAUCCCUUCACCUGUUGACACAUACAGACCACUUUCUGGACGUCUAUGAGCAGUAUUGUUCUUCAGUGGGAGACUUCCAAGUGAUGGGCGGAUUCCAGUUACUGCAUAAACUGUCACAAGAGUGUUUAGGUUCUCAGAAGACCAAACUCCAUGAGCUGUGUGAAUCCGACCCGUCGAUUACCAGUGAUGGAGAUGUGGUGUCAGAUCUGCUGUACCGGCCUCUGCAUCAGCUCCACCAGUACAGUCAAGUGCUGCUUAAACUGACUGCUUGUUAUGAUGUGUUAGCUGAGGAAUAUCACUCCCUCUAUCAGUGCUGUGAUCAGUAUGAGACUCUGUAUGUGUCCUUGUUGAAGAGGAAGAAGGAGGCGGAAGCUACUUUUCAUUUCUGGAAGAAACACUCCGGAAAAAUCACAGAGGUUCUGCGUCUUCCACGCCGCCGCAUGAUCUGUGAAAGCAGCAAUCGGUCACUAACUCUCCAGAAUGCCGGACGCUUUACCAACCACUGGUUCAUUCUGUUUAACGACGUGCUGGUCCACACUCAGGGUGCGAUUCCGUCUCAGAGUUUUUUCUCGACACAUCACAUCUACUCUCUGACCUGUUUGUGGGUGAAGCCAAUUCCUGAAAAUGACAGUGGACUCUAUGCCAUCAAAGUGACUUGCCCAGAGGAGAGUUUCACGUUGGUGGCUUCCACACCACAGGAGAAGAACAAGUGGCUUCACUGUCUCAACCAGGAGGUGGAUCGGGCUCUCGGAUCGGGAGGAGGUCAUGGGUCAGCGGCAGCCAUGUCUCGAUUGGCCACCUACUCUUUUACAGGAGAAGGGAGAUUCAAAGACGCUCACUAUUCCGGAGCCUGGCUCGCUGGGCGAGUUCACGGAAGAGGAACCAUGAAGUGGCCAGAUGGACGGACGUAUACUGGAAACUUCAAGAAUGGACUUGAGGAUGGCCUCGGGGAGUGUAUAAUCCCAAACAAACUAUUGAGUAAACCAGACAGUUACCAUGGCAACUGGAAAGAAGGGAAGAUCCACGGUUUUGGCAAAUACAUUUACGCCAACGGCGAGGUGUAUGAGGGCUGCUUCUUCGAUGGUCAGAAACACGGUUACGGAAUGAUGAGCUCGGGUAAACUGACCAGAAGCUCUUCCAGUGUUUUCAUCGGCCAGUGGGUGAACGACAAGAAGACUGGAUAUGGAGUUUGUGACGACAUAACUAGAGGGGAAAAGUACAUGGGACAGUGGCUGGACGAUCAGAGACAUGGAACUGCGAUUGUUGUCACGCAGCACGGCGUUUACUUUGAGGGCAACUUUAAAGAGCACAAGAUGAAUGGUCCCGGUCUGCUGGUGUCUGAAGAUGACACUGUCCUGCAUGCAGAGUUCACUGAUGACUGGAUGGUCAAUGGAAAAGGCGUCUUGUGUUUGCCGAACGGCGACUGCCUAGAUGGCAUGUUCACUGGGGAGUGGUCCACAGGUUUGAAAGUGGUCGCGACGUACACCAAACAGAACUUGGAUGAACCUGAAAACAAAGAGAGAAACAAGCUUCUGAGGCUUGGUCAGUAUGUUGUGGAUGGCCAUCAGAGGUGGAGCUGUGUGUUUCACGAAUGUUGGACCCGACUGGGCUGCCAUGUUGCUGGCCGUGGUGACCGGACCGCGGCAUGGGAAAGCAUCGCUGUUAAUAUCACUAACGCCUGCAGACAGAGUCCUGAUCUCAGCAAGUCCCAGAGAAAAGUGUUGGAAUCUUUAGAGCUCAUUCCUCAGUACGGAGCUCCCGUAACCAUCUCAAACUACGACAAUGUACGGAGAUACCUCACAAAGGCUUGUGAAACUCCUUUCCACCCUCUGGGCUGGCUGGUGGAGACGCUGGUGACCGUCUACAGGAUGACCUACAUUGGCGUGGGAUCCAACCAUCGACUGCUGAGAGAGGCGGUUCAGGAGGUCCAGGCUUACCUGACUCACUUCUACACUGUUGUUAGGUUUCUGUUUCCUGGGUUACCAGAUGAUGGAGGGGUCAUCCCAGAGACCCCGGUGACUCCGUCUAAGACCAGGCACUUCUCUUUCAGCUCAGAACAAAGCUGCGUGGUGGUGGUGGUGAGCUGCUCCUCUCUGCUCCUGCCGCUGCUGCUCCCUCGACUCUAUCCCCCUCUGUUCACCCUCUACUGCCUGCGCAAGGAGCAGGAGGAGGCGCAGUACUGGGAGCACGUCAUCCGACUCAACAAGCAGCCGGACCAGUCUCUGCUCAACUUCUUAGGUGUCCAGGAGAAGUUCUGGCCGUCGUCCAUGUCGGUCCUGGGGGAGCAGAUGCAGAUUGUGUCCAGCAGUAAAGACGCUUGUUUCGUGUCGGCAGUGGAGACUCUGCAGCAAAUCAGCACGACUUUCACACCAGCCGACAAACUCCUGGUGAUCCAGAAAACCUUUGAGGAGCUGACCCAGGAAAUCCAACCGACGAUGAACACUAACUUCCUGUGGUGCAUGGACGACCUGCUGCCUCUCUUCCUCUAUAUCGUCCUCAGAGCGAGGAUCCGGAACUUGGGAGCUGAGGUGAGCCUGACUGAAGACUUGAUGGAUCCUAACGUUCAGUACGGAGAGAUGGGACUCAUGUUCACCACGCUGAAGGCCUGUUAUAUUCAGAUCCAGCAGGAGUCAACCGCCGAGAUGACCUGACUGCGAGGCUUUCAAGGGUUGUAGAACAACCAGCACUUUACAGUCUUAUCAAAAAAGACAGCUCUGUAAAGCAUCUGUGAGUCAACCUUCUUCUUCACCUGCACUCCACUCCAUAAUGAUACAAAAGUUCCAUCUGAAUACAAAAGCAUUAGUCAGAUGGUUGUAAAGUCUGUACAUAUUCACAUUAUUUUUCCCGCCUAAAAUAUUUAUAAAGAUAUUUUUUCGAGGGCAUAAAUGGAGAUCAAAUGGAACAUGUGCCAAACGUGUGUGGAUCAGUACUGCGGCAACUUGAAAACACUAUGCAAUAAGACGAUACUAAAGGGAAUGAGUGCAACUAAGCUUGAACAAGUCUAGAUGAACAAUAACACUUGCGUGUGUGAGCGCUAGCACCUGCAGCGUGAAUGUGUGAUGCGUUUACUUUUAAACAUAAAACACUGGCCACUCGUUUCUGACAUCGUAGCCAUUUUUGCAAGUACUUCAUCAUAUGGGAUUUUUUUUCAAGUAGAGGCACAUACAUCUCUAGAGACUCUCAGGUCUUCGAUUCACUGGCUGUUUACUUGAUUUUAAAUUGCAAAUCCAAAGUCAUAAGCUGUCCAUUUACUUGUGCUGUCCUGUUUUCCGAUUAUGUUUUUACCUAGUCGGAGGGAAAAUCAAGGUGAAACAGCAUUUGGUGCUUGUAAAUGUGCAGAUAAAAGAUGAUUUAAUUUGUCAGUAGUCAUGAUCAACGUCUCCACUGAGAGUCAAGUGGCGUCACUCACAAGGUUUGACAUUGCAAUAUUAGUUAAGAACAAACUAGACAUUUGUCUCGUCCUUUUUUUGUUACUAACUAACGCUAAAAUGUUUGAUGUGUGUUUUUGAUUAAUAUAUUUGUGGACAAUAUAUUUGACCAGGAUGUCACGCUAUCAGAACCACACUAGUGUCGCUUCAACGUGGCAACAUAUUCUCAGUAACACAGUGUUGUUUUCUUCAAUGUAAAUGAUCUUAAAAAUUCUAAAGAUGGAUUAAUGUCAUUAAAAUUGCUCUUCAG